AUGGCCACACGCACGAAUAUACCUUACUAUGCGCGAAAAAAGGCCCUCCCGGAAGGAGUAGAAUCCUUGCCCACUGUGGAGGAUAUCCUUGCUUCGACUGACCGCAUAUCGACUGAGUACAAUGCUUACUACGUCUACCGCGUCGGUGUCCAUUUUGUUGUCAAAUAUGGACAAUCCAACGGAGCACUCCUUCAGGAGGGCGAGAAUAUGCUUUUUGUGGAGCGAUCGACUACUUUGCUGCGCAUUCCGAAGGUCUACGCGGUUUUUCAUGACGAGGCAACGGGGAACGACUUCAUUGUCCAGGAGUAUAUCCCUGGACAAUGUCUCGGUUCGGUAUGGCGUGACCUCACUGCUACCCAAAAGACGGCGAUUACUUCGCAGCUGCGCCAAGGUCUAGACGAGUUGCGUAGUAUCCCUUCCCCGGGCUACUAUGGCGGCAUCUGGAGGCAGCCGACCCGAGAGUGUAACUUCGAGGAUCCGGUGAAGAUCUGGGAGCCACACAAUGAUGUUACAAUUUCGGGGCCUCAGGAGACGGAAGAGCAGUGGAUCGACGCUAUGUGGCGCUGCGCCGGAUCGAGGGUCGAUCCAUCACAGCGAGACACGCUCCCGCAACUUCGUGUGGACUACCACGCAGCUUUCAAGGGGCAUAAACCGGUCUUCACCCACGCCUGUUUGUUUCGAUCAGAGAUGAUCCUUCGAGAAGACGGUGUCGUCGUGCUUAUCGAUUGGGAGUAUGCCGGCUGGUAUCCAACCUACUGGGAAUAUUGCUCCGCAAUGUGGAUGGGAGACCGUUGGGGUUCCGAAAUUUCGGAGAUCUUGGACGAGUUCAUUCCGGAACUGGAUGGGAUGAUAAAGCACAAAUCCAUCCUAGAGUAGGACCUUAGAAGAAGACCUGCCGAGUGAUUCAGCGGUGUCUACUACUAGGUGGUGAGACAGGCAGAAAAGAUAAGGCAAAAAAACGAAUAAAAAAACAAAACG